AUAUCUUUUACUGUAAAGCCCUUUAUAUAGCUAAUCAACACUUACUGAUAAUUGCUGAGCUGAUCGAAUAUGUUAAAAUCGUGUAUCGAUUUUAGCUUCAAUAAGAUUCUUGCAAAAAUUCCAAACGAAUCCGCCGAUGAAAAAUUAUAGUAUACUUGAAGAAAUAUUAGAAAAUAGAAGUGAUUUGCUUGAUUUAUACAUACAUAUGUACAUAUAUACAAGAAAAUAACAAAAUUAAUUUGUGCGUGCGACUAGAAUUUUCUUAAAUCGAAUAAGCAAAGAAAUAAACAAAAAUAACACUACUUUUAAGUAUACACAAAUUUCCGUGAAGAUCAACACAAAAUCGUUCAAUGGGCAAAUUAAAAUCGAAAGUGAUUAAAAAUAUAAAAUUUUUGAGUACAUGGUUUGGCAAUUAUCCUACAAAAUUUAGCAUUAUAAGGAAAUAUUUUAACUGUGAUUUCUGCGCUGAUGCAAGUAAAUAAUAUAUAUAUGUUAUAUGUUAUAUAUAUAUGUACAUAAGCAUAACAUAAUUAAACAAUAAAUAAAACUGGAAAAAUGCAUUUAGCCAACGGGACAAAAUCAUUUGGACAAAAUCGAGUAUCAGGCAUUUGCUAUUAUUCCCAUCCUUUCAUGUUUUCAUUAGAAAAUAUUUUUAAUAUUAAAAGCCCGAAAAUUUUUGGCAAAUGCAAUGCUAACAUCACAUCACAACUGCGAUCUCAUGUUGAUUCGAACACUAAAUACGCGGCGACUGAAACGAUACCAAAAGCGCAGGCGCCUAAGUUUGUUCCAUACCAGCCGUUGCAGGCAACUAUUCAGAAAAUAUGGCCGCACAACCUGAAAGUAAAUCGGAAUUUGACAAAACCAAUGACUACUCGGACUUUCUCACCAUACCAACAGCCUCAGUUUCUAGCGCGCAACACCUCAAAUCCAAGAAAGUCAACCUCAAAGAGUUGGAAAACUUAUGAACCCACAUUGCGUGAGUUUGUUCCUUCACAACCGUUAUUAGUAAUGCCUCAAAUAGCUAUGCCAUACCGCCCGUAUAUGGUAACUAUGCUUCCGCUACAACCUUUACAGAAAUUGACUGAGGAGACACCACCUAGUGGUCCAUUUAUGCCAGAAACUUUGACGGAAAAUUGGUCGAUCCCAGUUCAUGCAGCAACAGAAAGUCAGAAAAAUAAUCAACAUUAUUAUGGUAAUAUCACAUCGCAAUUAGUGCCACCUGUUUCAGUUACUCACAGCACUCCGAAGAGCGAGUUUGUUACACCAACUUUACAGACAACGUUCCUGGAAACACCAUCAUGUAGUCGGAGAAGGACCGGGAAUUUGCUGAAACAAGCCAAUAGUCAGGCGAUGAAUCAACAGCCGAAAAGUUGUGAAAAUUAUGGAAAUUUCUAUUAUACUGUUACUUUCCCACCCUUUUCACCUUAUUUAUUUACACAACCCUUGCAGAAGAUGUUGGAGGAGGAAGAUAAAACGUCUCCGUUGCCGGCAACAACUCAGGUAGUAACGCCAUAUCGACCGAUGAUGGCAGCUGCACAGACUCCACUAAUCCAGCCUGUUCUACAGACAACACCACCAUGUAGUCCAAAUAUGACGGAAACUUUGCUGAAACGAAAAGCUGCUCAGUUGGCUUCAGCGCACCAACAAUCCCGUACAGUUACUUACCCCCAACUGAAGAUAAUGAAACUGGAUGUUGAGACAUCUGAUGAUGUGACUCGCAGAGCAAAACCAUAUCGCCCGCUUAUGGUAGCUCAAAGGUCCGCGCAGACUCAACAAUCUAGGUUUGCUGGAAAAACUUUACCGACAACGACUCAGGAAAAAUUGCCCUCUAGUUCGCAUAUGACAAAUCAUUUACUGAUAUCGCAAACUGCUGGAGGAACUUUUUCCCAAAAUUCGAGUUCCCAAUUUUCAGUGGCAAAGUCGUCAAUUGAAACAAAUUUAAACCAAAUAAGUAGAAAGAAUUAUAGACAAUACCAAGCUAAUAUCACCACUCAAUCACUUUCACCAUAUUCAUUUACACAAACUUCUCAGGUUUUGGAGCAGAGUACCGAGAUGUCUCGGUUUACUUCAUUACAAUCUGGCCGGCAAUGACUUAGCGAGCAACGCCAUAUCGCCCGUAUAUGGCAGCCGAAUUAAUUCCAAAAGCUCAUUUUAUACAGUCUGCACCCACAAUGGGUCAGGAAACACCGCCAUGUAGUCCGAAUAAAUCAGGAAAAUAUUUGAAACAAGAAAAUAAUCAGAUGUCGCCACAAAACCAACAGGCCCACUUCCCGUUGCAAAAGGCGAGGUUACCAACAAAUUCCACCGUGAUAAAUUGGGAAAAGUACAGGCAAUACUAUGAUAAUAUCACCACUCAAACAUUUUCGCCAUGUUCAUUUACACAACCUUCUCAGAAGAUUUUGGAGCAGAGAACCAACAUGUCUCAGUUUACUUUAUUAAAACCCUGGCCGGAAAUGACUCAGCGGACAACACCUUGUCGCCCGGUUAUGGCAGCCCAGCUGACACUGUCCAUACCGACAAUGGUUCAGAAAACAUCGAAAUGUAGUCCGAGUAUGCCAGAAAAAGUUGUCGUAAAACAAACAGUCUCUCUCGGUUAAUUAUUCUCCUGCCAAGAUUAUGAAACUGGAAGCUGAGUCAAAAUGGGCUGUGACUCACAUAGCAAAGUCAUACCGCCCGAAUAUGUCAGCUCUAAGGUCUAAGCAAGCUCAGUAAUAUGUUGCAAAAUUAAGGAACACAACUUCACCCGGGUUAAAUAUGAUUGGUCAUUUAAUGAAGCCGAAAACUGCGGGCGUCCCAACAAACCCUAGGCUUUUUUAUAGCAGUUAGCGAUAGGGAGAGAGCAGAAUUCUCGUUCCACACAAAUAAACCAAUUCUGAUUACUUAGAAGUCCUUGUAGGUAACGCCAUAACGCCCGAAUAUGGCAGCCAGCCCAAAUAUGCAUUGCAUAGAACGAGACAAGAGCUCAGACAUAGUCACAGAACUGCCUUACUUAAAUUGAGAAGUCAUCUUUUCCAAAAAAAAAAUUCCAUCGCCAUAUAGCCCGAAUAUGGAAGCCCAGAUCUCACCCAUAAUAUUGCAGGAAACAACCUGAGGAACGGCGCCUUAUCAUCCAAAGAAUGGUAGAAAAUUUUUCAGAACCUACAACUGCUCGGUAGCUUUCCAAGGCAACCGUACUGCUUGACAUCGUCAAGCAUGCAAUUACUUAAGACGAACUGUCAUAUUGCCUGAAUAUGGUAGAAAAUUUGUCGCAAGAGCCGUAAACGUCUUUCUAAAAACAGAGAUAUUAAUGCAGAUAAGGAUUUGGCCUUAUGUUUUAAAAAAGAUUUCGGGUAAGUGACCGUCGCGGAAUAAAUCUCGAAUAAAUCUCAGCAGAAAGGCUCAAUAUUCGGCGGAUGGCGCCGAAUACUCUCUACCAAAUCGACUUAUCUAUAUAGACUAGACACUUCACAUAACUCUGCAAAAAAUAGUCCAGCGGUGGUACUCGGGGCGGCUAAUAAUCUAGCGAAAUAAGGUUUAUUAACAUUUCAUUCUCGCAAUUCGGAGCACCGCGCUGUGUUUAAAUUCCUUAUAAAAAAGGACGCCGAAAGAAAUAUGUAAAGAGAUGUCAUCGGUUAUUUAAGACUCUGCCCUUUCAUAUACGAUGGUGAAAAAAUGGGCUCGACAGUUUCAACAAAGAAGACAGACCUGUAAAGAUAAACCUCGCAUGGGGCGCCCUGAAAAGCUUCGUCCGCGUAACUCCUGUAAAGGAAAAAGCCACUGGUUCAUGCAAAAUCUUUCUAUCACCUUCAUUGCUAAUCUGUGAUACUUCUGCUAUCUGCCAACAUUUAAUUCUUCAAUCAGCCAGUGCCAAUUUUUCGACAUUCUAAAUAUUUCUUUCGUUCACGACCAUCACUGGGCGCCCCAUGCGAGGUUUAUCUUUACAGGUCUCUCUUCUUCAGAUGAAGGAAAGCGGCCAUAGAUAACCAUUCUGAAGAAAAAUCUAAAGAAUAUUUUUACAGUGUUAUAAAGGCAUUGUAUUCGCGAUGUGAAAAGUGUAUUUCACUUGA